AUGGCGUCUCGCGUCGUCCCAGACUCUGCACAGCUCCCGCUGCCGAGACUCCGAGCAGACGUCGCAGCGGCAAGCGUCGCCACUCUGGGGACGCGAACAAGCUGGCGGCCCGCGCCUCUCUCCUGCUACCUGGUCGCGGGAAAACGAACUAGCACCGCUCCCCGGGCCGAGGCCAUUCCCCCGCCCCCACCGCCGGAAGAGCUGCCCUUCCCCGAUGGGAGGGGGGCGGGAAACUUUGCGAGACGACUGUUCCGCGCCUUUCUCGCGUGGCGUCGGAGAGGAACUUGGGCCUCGGACCUGAACCUCGUGGACUACGGAGCGGAGGGGGACACUUCGGGCCACUCGGAGGGCGGCACCGAAGUCAGGCGUCCCCAAGGGCUCUGGCGGACGGCCAACCCCGGGGAGUCCCCACAGAUGGCCCGCGCCUUCCCUCGCCCGCUCUUCCGGGGGAGGGGGAGGCGCGUGGGUCGUGUGCACCACGACUCCGGCCCGCAGCCUCCGCGGAGCCACCUCCGCAACCUGCCCCGCCCGGAGUCGCCCUGCGGGAUGCAGCCUUCCCCGCGCGUAAUGGGGCACCCCUGGGACGCAGGCAAGGAUGGCGGUUCCGGUCGUUCCGGGAUUUGCGUGCAAGAAGACAACAAGGCCGGCGACUACAGGAGCGGCGCCUCCAUUCUCGGGGUUGAGACGCCCGCGCAGUCUCCGCGUCGGUCCCGCUAUCGCCACUCUUGCCUGGGGGGCCCGCUUCCGUACCCCGUGCCACCCCCCAGCAAUCCCUCGUCCCGCCCUUGCGGCACCACGCGGAGCUCCGAGCACGCUGUCUCCCACCCCAGCCCCUCCAUAACUCGCGCACCUCCCUCGCCCCGGGAUCGGGGCACUACUCGCUCUCAGCGCCCGGAGUACGCCGGUUCCACCCUCGGCUGCGAAAGCCGCCGCCCCGUGCCACCCCCGCCCGGCCCGGCCCUUGUCCCAGCCCUUAGUCCCAGCCCGGCUCCCCCGCCAGCUGCGCCGCCACCGCCGCACGUGACCCGCCCCCGUCGCGGCUUCCGCCUAUCUGCCUGUUCCGGAGCACAAACAAUUUCUGCUCUGACGCGGGGUCUCUCGGGCCCCGGCGUCCUCUCCUCCUUGCCUCCCCCCCUUCCGGGUACGAGAACUCAAAACAACUCGCUGACCUUCGGGCCGACCAGCUCCAGCUUCCACCGACUCCGGCAUUCUGUUCAAACCCGGCAGCGGCGGCUUCUAAGAUUUCACUCCGCGCUGGGCUGGGGGGAGGGGGUGAUUCCUCCGGGAGGGGGUGUCUCAGAUCGAAAGAGCCACUUCACGCUCAUUCCUCUCCUCCCAAACCACAUAAGGAACACCAUGAUCCGUGCGCCUGUGCAGCGUGUUCCAGAGUCCCAGCCCUCACCAGCUGUGAGGUCACAUCUCGGAAGGCAGUCAUCUACCUCAACCAACAGCUCCGAGAUGCUGGGCAGCGGGACCGUAUCUGCCAUUGGGAGAGCUGCCGCUGGUGCUCUGGGCUGUCCUACUCCUUCCGGUAGCCAAAGAGAGGAUGCGAGUUUUAAAAAUGCAUAUAUUCAGAGAAAAUGACUACCAAGAGAACGACAGAUUAUAUUUUCCAAAAGUGAUGACAACAGUAUCUCCCAUCCCAGCUGCUCAUCUUACGGUGUGACUUUGACAUUCCUCCCGUUGAGAGGUCCCUUAAUGGCCGUUUGUAUUGGAUGAAGUUCAUAAGGAUUUGCAGAGGUCCUCCAGGGCCUCUGUGAGGGUGAAGAAACUAGCUCUGCCAACCACGGGUUCUCAAGGAACAUUUGUCUGCUGUGGAAUUAAUCAGAAGUCGCGCCCUCCCUCCCUCUGACAGCUGCAGGGGGAGAGGGUGGAGGAAUUAUCCAGGGAAUGCGAGGGCAGUGGGGGCCACAUGAUAAGAAGGAGAGUUCUCCCUUGUCCCUUUCCAACGCCCCCGCAGAUGUGGCCGAGGAGCCGGGCCCUGCAAGGCCAUGGUGGAGGAAGGAGGCUGUGUAGUAAUGUGGUUAGAGCUCGGCAAACCCGGCUCCAAAAGCCAGCGCUGUUAUGUCAUUGGUGUGCGCCUCAGUUUCCUCUGUAGUAAAAUGGGAAUGACUUCCGGGCUGCUUGUGGGGAUUAAGGGAGGUCAGGCGAAUAACGGCCCAGGCACACCAUGGGUUUAGGAGAUGGCGGUUCCUGGGAUUUAUGCAGACCUGUGGCCCUAUGCCCUGUGGGAGUGGAGCCCUAAGCGUAAAUCGUUAACUCCUCAAAGGUAUGUUUGCUGUGCCCUGGGAUUUUCAAAGGGCAGGCUCUCCCAACAGCUCCAGAACCUUGCUACUCAAAAGGCCCGCGGACCGGCAGCAGCCUCACCUGAGAGGCUGUAAGGACGCCCUCAGAUGCUCCCCAGGCCUGUCGAAUCAGAAUUUCUAUAUUAAGAUUCCCUCAGUUUCAAAAUCACAUUUGGAGAAGUGGACCCUCUGUGCAUAAGAACAGCCACUGAGAGAAACAACAACAAAGAUGAACGGGUUGAAAAAGGCAAACCUGUCACUCUCCCGUCAAGUAGAGAGGCCUAUGUCUCUACCCCUUUGAACCCAGGUGGGUCCUAUGCCUGCUUUGACUGAGAGAAUGAGGUGGAAGUGAUGCUGUGUGGUUUUUUCAGGACAGGAUCACAGAAAGACUUGAAGCUUCCUGAGCCUACUAGAAUGCUCACUUUUGGGACAGUCCCUCUUGGAAGCUAGCCACCAUGCUGUGAGAAGCCCAAACUACAAUGGACAGGCCACACUUAAGGUGUUCCAGUUGAAGCCCCAGUUAAGUUCCCAGCCAGCGGCCAAUAUUAACUGUCAGCCCCGUGUGUGUGCCAUUUUGGAUGUCCAGCUGGGUUAAGCCUUCAGGACUCCAGCCCCAGCCAACACCUGACUACAGCUGCACAAGACACCCAGAGUAAAAAGCCCCCCAGCUGAGCCCAGUCAACUCACAGAACUGUGAGAGAGAGUAACGAGUUGUUGUCCUGAAGCCACUAGGUUUGGGUUCAUGAUGUGGCAAUAGAUACCAAGGACAAGAGCAACUUUGGUUAGACACAUAAACCAUAGGGUGACACAUAAUUAGGUAUAGUUUUUAAAUCUUGGGUUCAGCUUUAGGGCUAUGAGUCCCUAACAUCGUAGAGCCGUACUAUUUCAGUUCACAUCUGCUGCCUCUGAUCAAAACACUAUCUUGCACUUCCUGAGAGAGAGAGAGCACUUCCUGCCAGGUGUCCCCUUGUGUCCUCCUCUGUGUGACUGUGGGGUUCCGUGUCUCUCACACAUUCGAGCGUGGCGCUUGGUGCCUUGAGAUAGAAGCCAUGCUCUUGCCUCCAGAAGGUUUUGUGGGUGGGAUUGUGCCAUAGACAGCAAGAAUCCACCCACACGUUUUCUUUGAAUCAACUUUAGUGAUGGAUAUUUACAUAUGAUACAUUAGACCCAUUUGAAGUGUUCAGAUUGAUGAGAUUUGACAAACGUAACCCGUGGGACCACCACCCAUGUAACCACCACCAUAAUCAAAGUCUAGAACAUUUUCAUCACCCAAGAUUUUCCUUGUGCCCCCUUUGCGGUCAAUCCCCUCCUCCCACCCCCAGCCCCAGGCAAGCACUGAUUUUCUUUGCCAUUAGAGAUCAGUUUUUGUCUUUUCUGGUGUUCCAUAUAAGUAGAAUCAUAUAGGAUGCACUCAUGUGACUGCAUAAUAUUUUGUUCAGCAUAUUUUUGAGGUCAUCCAUGUGGUGUGUACCUAUAGUUAAUUCCCUUUUAUUGCUGCGUAGUCUAUCAUUGUAUGGAUAGAUCACAAUCUGUCUGUGCUUCUGUUGAUGGACAUUUGGGUCAGUUAUACUUGGGGCUAUUAUGAAUAAAAGUGCUAUGAAUGUUCACCUACAAG